AAUAAGGGAAUGCAGAAAUAUAUCUGUGCGGUUGUUAACGGCAAGACAAAUUUAGUGCAUACUUUCUCCAUUAAAUAAAAAUUGUGAGGCCGAACCGAUUGAAAAUCAUGGCCAACUAUCUACGCACUGUUUCACUUAAAUACCGAUCAUUGGGAGGAUUUUUCGUUUCACGGCCUUACACAAGUGUGAGCGACUACAAAUCGCAUCGGGCCUCCUUAGACGAAGUCUCCAAAGUCAUUUCAAAUAAUCUAUGCAGGUCAGGUGCUAUACGACUGCAAGCAUUUGCUCUUAAUGCAUUUGAAUCCGAAAACAAAUGUUCAUCAUUCAACAGUAAAGCAGAAUCGUCCGAUUUGAACGCAUCCAUUAGGGAUGCAAUACAUUUCUGCUCUGACGCUGGUUCGUCUUCAACGCAGGGUUCAUCCAAAGAAAACCAGCCAUCGGAAGAACAACUUCAUAGAGUAUAUAAUGUGCUAUCACAAACUCUACCCAAACUCUUCAUUCAACCUCUGGACUACUCUAUCUACAAUCCCAAUUUGAUAUUCGAAAAUAAUAUCCGCGGAAUAAGAACAGAAGGGCUGUAUCACUACGUGAAACAAAUAGCAUUGCUACGGACGGUAGGUCAUUUGAAGUUCGCUUACGUUACCUUCGAGAUAUUAAAAAUCACUAAGCAUCCAGAGGACAAUACUGUGAAGGUGCGAUGGCGCAUUCGCGGGAUUAGUGCGCUAAAAGUAAUGCUUCAGUUUUGGAAAUAUAAAUUGUGGAAGUUGAAGCAAAUUUUCGACGACCAGGAGUCUUGGUACGAUGGCUUUUCGGUUUUGUACGUUGGUCCAGACGGCUUAGUGUCCAAACAUGUUGUAGAUAAGAUUAUGCCCGAUGAUGAUAGAGUAAAGGCUCCUCCGAAAACAAUUGUUUCACCAAAGUUGGCUUUAGUGGUUGGUCUCACAGCAGAAAUUUCACCCAUAGUAUGUACGAUGAACUAGUAAAGGAUAGCUUCGAGUUCCGAACGAACUACGCUGUUAUUGGAGGGUUGGUUUAUUUUCUGCAAUAAUUUAUUAAAUGACUUUUGCUGGAACAACUAGCCAGCUUUGUAUAGUCACGAUAGAUUAAUGCUAUUUGAAGCUGUAGAGCCAUGUAACAGCAAAGCAAAAAAAAAUAAUUAUAUUUUGAUUAGUUAUUUUUAGGGAAAA